AACACUGUAUGAACAGCUGUUCCUGUUUUGAUUGAGCAAACACGUUACGUGCAUAUUUAUUCCCGUUCCGUUUGUCUUGACUGAGAAAUGAGAGGAUUUCUUCCGAAGUUGUGGCUUCAAUGUGAUGCUGUUUUUCGGCAGACGGUCUCCCAGAAAUAUGUUGUCAAGGGAAUCAGCUGUAGCUGGAGCUGGAGGAGCACCCGUCAAUUGGCCACCAGUGGCAGUCAGAACCCGGCGACUAAAUUACGUGAAAGACCGCACUGUAAUGUGGGAACUAUUGGUCAUGUAGACCAUGGCAAAACGACGCUUACUGCUGCCAUUACAAAAAUCCAGUCCAAUAAGGGACUGGCUGAAUACUGCUCGUACGACCAAAUCGACCGGGCGCCAGAGGAAAAGGCACGGGGCAUAACCAUAAACGCGUGCCACAUCGGCUACGCCACCACGGAGCGUACCUACGCCCACACCGAUUGUCCCGGGCAUGCAGAUUACAUAAAGAACAUGAUCUCAGGAGCUUCCCAAAUGGAUGGUGCUAUACUUGUUGUGGCGGCGACGGACGGACAAAUGCCCCAAACUCGCGAACAUUUGCUGCUGGCGAAGCAAGUGGGCAUACAGCGCAUUGUGGUGUUUAUCAACAAAGCCGAUCUAGUAGAUCAGGAGGUAUUGGAGUUGGUGGAGAUCGAGAUGCGCGAGAUGCUGAGUGAUUUUGGCUUUGAUGGCGUCAACAGCCCAGUCAUUUGUGGUUCGGCCCUUUUAGCACUCCGCGAGGAUCAAUCGGAAUUUGGAGUACCGGCCAUUGAGAAGCUGUUGCAGCAUUGUGACUCCUAUAUACCAACACCACAACGCGACGUGAAGGCUCCAUUCAUCCUGCCAAUUGAUAAUGCAUUUACUGUUCCAGGACGUGGCACGGUGGUUGUGGGAACCAUCAAGAGGGGCACCAUUCUGCGCAAUGCCGAUGCAGAUCUGUUGGGCUUCAAUCAGAACCUCAAAACGAGCGUCAGUGACAUACAGAUCUUCCGCAAGAGCGUCCCCCAGGCGCUGGCCGGCGAAAAUGUCGGUGCCCUUCUGCGGGGCAUUAAAAUUUCCGCCGUGGAGCGAGGCAUGCUUCUCUGUGCAUCGGGCUCAGAGGAUGUUUCGAACCACUUUGAGGGCUCUAUGUAUUUGCUAUCGCGUGCCGAGGGUGGCCGCUUUAAGCCGAUGCUCUCGAAGUACAUCCAGCAGCUGUUCAGCAUGACGUGGAAUGUCCCAGCGCGCAUUGACAUGGUGCCCAGCGAGGCCAUGCUAAUGCCGGGUGAGCACGGUCAGGUUCGGGUUACAUUGCUGCGAAAAAUGGUCAUGACAUCGGGCCAGGCGUUUACCAUUAGGGAGAAUGGAGCUACUGUGGCCACGGGCAUGAUAACUCAGCGACUGCCAUCCCUUGAUCUCCCCAAGAACAAGUUGUCGAAGGCGGUAGUAACCAGCUAAAGCGGCUGCCUCUAUUUUUAUGUACACUUUUAUAUAUUGUAUUUAAUUGUACACGCGCAUCUGUUAAGUUGAUAUACAUAUGUAUGUGUAUAAGUAGGGAAAAUACUUAUUAUAAAUAGUUCAAAGAAA